AUGAAGUAUCUGACCAGUGUGAGAUUUGGACAGAAACAGAAACUUCCUGAAAACCCAGAGAGGUUUGAAUAUCACCCCUGUGUCCUGGGGUCUGAGGGAUUUAAUUCAGGGACUCACAGCUGGGAUGUGGAGAGAUCCAAUAGCACACAAAAAUCACAGAUACAUCCAAGACUCUACCUCUCUGAAGAUCUGAACAGUGUGAGAUGUGGACAGGAACAGAGACUACCUGAAAACCCAGAGAGGUUUGAUCAUCACCACUGUGUCCUCGGCUCUCAGGGCUUUAACUUGGGGACUCACAUCUGGGAUGUGGAGUCAGAAAACGAUCUCUCCUGUUCCGUCUGUCAUGAAAUCUUUAGAGAUCCAGUUGUCCUGACAUGCACCCACAGCUUCUGUAAAGCCUGUCUGGAGAACUGGUGGAGAGAGAAACAACUAAGUGAGUGUCCAAUUUGUAAGAAAAGAUCAUCUAUGAGUGAACCACCUGUCAGUUUAACAUUAAAGAACGUGUGUGAGGCUUUCUUACAAAACAGAGAUCAGAGAUCUUCAGCAGGGCCUGAGCCUCUCUGCAGUGAGCACUCUGAGAAACUCAAACUCUACUGUCUGGAUCAUCAGCAGCCAGUGUGUGUCGUCUGCAGAGAUUCAGAAACACACAACAACCACAAAUUCACACCCAUCAAUGAAGCUACACCGAAUCAUAAAGAAAAGCUCCAGAAAUCCCUGAAGCCCUUACAGGAGAAACUGAAACUCUUAAAUGAAGUAAAAGGAAACUGUGAUAAAACAGCAGACUACAAUAAGGUCCAGGCCAGAGACACAGAGAGGCAGAUUAAGGAGCAGUUCAAGAAGCUUCACCAGCUUCUACAAGAGGAAGAGGAGGCCAGGAUCUCUGCUCUGAAGGAGGAAGAGGAGCAGAAGAGUCAAAUAAUGAAGGAGAAAAUUGAGGGUCUGAGCACAGCGAUAGCAGUUUUUUCAGACACAAUCAGAGUCGCAGAGGAGGAACUGAGAGCUGACGACGUUUCUUUCAUGCUGAACUACAAGACUAUACUGGAAAGAGUCCAGCAGCUCCCCCUGCUGGUUGAUCCAGAACUGGUCUCAGGAGCUCUGAUAGAUGUGGCCAAACACCUGGGCAACCUGACCUUCAACGUCUGGACUAAGAUGAAGGAGAUGGUCUCCUACACUCCUGUGAUUCUGGAUCCAAACACUGCUCAUCCAAAACUCUACCUCUCUGAAGAUCUGACCAGUGUGAGACGUGGAGAGAAACAGAAGCUUCCUGAAAACCCAGAGAGGUUUGAUCAUCACCACUGUGUCCUGGGGUCUCAGGGGUUUCAUUCAGGGACUCACAGCUGGGAUGUGGAGGUCAGAGAUGAUAAAUUCUGGGGUGUGGGUGUGGUAAAUGAAUCUGUUGGACAUAAGGGAACAGCACAGGCUGGAUACUGGGAAGUGUAUUUCCUUGAUGGAAAAUAUACAGCAGCCUCUUCACAACUCUCUCAUAAAGUUAUUUCUCUUAAGAAGAAGCUGCAGAGGAGCAGAGUUCAUCUGGACUACAACAAAGGAAAAGUGUCUUUCUGUGAUCCUGAUACUAACACACACAUACACACUUUCACACACACUUUCACUGAGAGACUGUUUCCUUACAUUGGCACCAUGGAUGAACUCCCACUGAAGAUAUUACCAGCUACAGUCUCUGUAACAAAGGACCUGCACACAGUCCCUUUGUCUACAGACUUGUGGUCUGUUUUCCACCGGGCUGCUGUAGAAAGAGUCCAGCAGCGCCUCCUGCUGGAUGACCCAGAGCUGGUCUCAGGAGCUCUGAUAGAUGUGGCCAAACACCUGGGCAACCUGACCUACAACGUCUGGACUAAGAUGAAGGAGAUAGUCUCCUACACUCCUGUGAUUCUGGAUCCAAACACUGCUCAUCCAAGACUCUACCUCUCUGAAGAUCUGACCAGUGUGAGAUGUGGACAGAAACAGAGACUUCCUGAAAACCCAGAGAGGUUUGAUCGCCACCUCUACGUCCUCGCCUCUCAGGGAUUUAACUCGGGGACUCACAGCUGGGAUGUGGAGGUCAGAGAUGAUAAAUUCUGCUGUGUGGCAGAGCGACAAAUGCUGGUUGAAGAAUGGGAUGCCAUCUCACAGCAGUGUGUGACCAGGCGGGUGAUCAGCAUGAGGAAGAGGUGCCAGGCUGUUGUGGCUGUGUAUGGUUCUUCCACACGCUACUAA